AACAGCAAAUCCCGUCGUCUACCCCAAAUCUCUCAAACCCUCGUAUCCUCCCCAAAUCAAAAUCUCUCGAGAGUGAGAGGAGCAGUCACCGAAGACAGCGGUACGAUGUUCCUGCGGCGAAUCCUAACGAGCGGCGCCGGCGGUGCCCUAAUGGCUAGGGUUAAGGAAACGACGGGGAUCGUCGGCCUCGACGUCGUCCCCAACGCUCGAGAGGUCCUGAUCUCGCUCUACACCAAAACCCUAAAAGAGAUCAAGGCCGUCCCUGAGAACGAGGGAUAUCGGAAGGCCGUAGAGAGCUUCACGAAUCAUAGACUUAGGGUUUGUCAGGAGGAGGAGGACUGGGAGCAGAUCGAGAAGCGGAUUGCAUGUGGACAGGUCGAGGAGCUGAUCGAAGAGGCUCAGGAUGAGCUCAAACUCAUCGGAAAGAUGAUCGAGUGGGAUCCUUGGGGUGUUCCCGAAGAUUAUGAAUGUGAAGUGAUCGAGGAUGACUCCCCCAUUCCUAAACAUGUUCCUUUUCAUCGAUCUCCACCUCUUCCAGAAGAAUUUCACAAAACGCUAGAGGCUAUUACUUCAAAAUCUCGUCCAGACGAAGCGUCCUCCACCGACUCUAAAGCCUGAUUGAGGGUAGUUCUUGUUUCACCUUCAAGAAACGCCGACUUUUGGAGAAUUUAUUGUGCUUUCUGUUUGUACUGGCUAUGCUGCCUAGAAAUUACUGUAUGUCAUGAACAAGCUGGCCUCUCUCAUUGUGAAAGAAUAAUGCUUGGCUGGAAUGGUACUUUUCUCGAAGAAUUUGACCAUCUUUUAUAAGUUCUCUCUCAUGACGAUGACAGACAUUGGAGGGCCAUAGGUUGAUUUUUAUUCUUGAUAAACCAAUGUUUACUUAUUUCAUCGGUCUUGUUUCCGGUAUGGAUACAUUCAAGGCAUGAAGGCAUUUCAAGCGAUGUUUUGGUCGGAUUAUUCUUCUUUUUUGUCUACCAUCAA